UGUAUCGUUCCAUCUCGCCACCACUUAGGAUACGGCAUACGAUGCGUCCCUCGCUGCUGACGUUGUCGGUGUCGCUGGCGCUGCUGGCUAUGGCGCGCGGCGACCGCUACCACCCCGCGCGCCGCGCGCCCGCCACCGCCGCCCCCGCCAGCGCGCGCGCCGCCACGCCGGACGAGGCCGAGCGCAGCGCCGCCUACUGGUACUCGGAGGCGUUCGCCGCCAUCGACGAGCGGCUGGUGGAGCCUACAUACGACGAGGUGGCGCGGAACGUGGUCAUGUUCCUGGGCGACGGGCUGUCGGUGCCGACGCUGGCGGCGGCGCGCGCGCUGCGCGGCCAGCGCGCCGGCCGCCCCGGCGAGGAGGAGCGCCUCUCCUACGAGCACUUCCCCGUCACCGGCCUCGCUAAGACGUACUGCGUGGACAAGCAGAUCCCCGACUCGGCGUGCACGGCGACGGCGUACCUGUGCGGCGUGAAAAACAACUACGGCACGCUCGGCGUGACGGCCGCCGUGCCGCGCCACGACUGCGCCGCCUCCGCCGACCCCGCCACGCACCUCGACUCCAUCGCCGCCUGGGCGCUCGCAGACGGCCGCAGCGCCGGCAUUGUAACAACAACUCGCAUCACGCACGCGUCACCCGCCGGCGCAUACGCCAACAGCGCCAACCGCGGCUGGGAGAGCGACAGCGACGUGCGCGCCGACGGCCAAGACCCCGCGCGCUGCCCCGACAUCGCCGACCAGCUCGUCAACUCGCAUCCCGGCAACAAGUUCCAGGUGAUUUUGGGCGGUGGACGCCGCGCGUUCCGGCCAAACACUACAUUUGAUGAGGAAAGUCAGCCGGGUCGGCGCUGGGAUGGUCGCGAUUUAAUCGAAGAAUGGCGCGUGCAGCGUGACGAGGCCGGACAAUCGAACGCUUACGUCUGGAACCGAGCCGGGCUGCUCGGUGCCAUAAACAGUCCACCCGAUUACCUGCUGGGACUGUUCGAGAGCGGCCACAUGCAGUACGCGGCGGAGGCGCGCCAGGCCGGCAACGACGAGCCCACGCUGGCCGAGAUGACGGAGGCUGCCAUCCGCGUGCUGUCCAAGAACCCGCGCGGCUUCUUCCUGUUCGUGGAGAGCGGGCGCAUCGACCACGCCCACCACGACAACAUGCCGCACCUGGCGCUCGAUGAGACGCUGGCGCUGGCCGCCGCCGUGACGCGCGCCGACGAGCUGCUGCCGCGCGCCAGCUCGCUGCUCGUGCUCACGGCCGACCACUCGCACGUCAUGGCGUACAACGGCUACUCGCGCCGCGGCAAUGACAUCCUCGGCGUGUCCGAUGACCUAGGCGACGACGACGUCCCCUACAUGACGCUCUCCUACACCAACGGGCCCGGCUACCGCCCUCACGUCGACGGCAGGCGCGCCGACGUCACCAGCGACAACACCUUCCCGGCGGUCGCUUGGAAAAGCCACGCGGAGGUGCCGCUGGAGUCGGAGACGCACGGCGGCGAGGACGUGGCGGUGUUCGCGCGCGGGCCGGCGCAGGCGCUGUUCACGGGGCUGUACGAGCAGAGCCAGCUGCCGCACCUCAUGGCGCACGCGGCGUGCCUGGGCCCGGCCGCGGCGCGCCGCGCGCUCUGCAGCGGCGCCGAGCUCGCCGCGCCCGCCGCCGCGCUCUUAUUCGCGCUCCUCGCGGCGCUCUUCCACAUGCACUGAACGAUACGUGGCAGCGACUCUUUAGCCAGCACAACCGAAUGCUAAGGUCUCCUGUAAUAUCAACGUUUAAUAUUGAACCUAUAGACUGGACUUGUAUUUAAUUUGAAUGUUAAUUACGUAAAUAUGUGAUGUUAGUUUUUAAUUACAUUUAAGAGUAAAAUUAUUGUACGAUC